AUGAAGACGUUCGACCCGUGGCCGGUCUUCUUCCGCCGGGAGUGGAGGCGCAACUGGCCCUUCCUCGCGGGGUUCGCCAUCACCGGCUUCCUCAUCACCAAGAUGACGGCCAACUUCACCGAGGAGGACCUCAAGAACUCCAAGUUCGUCCAGGAGCACAAGAGGCACUGA